AUGGAGCAAACAAAUGCAAAAAGUUCUAUUGGUACUUUUUUAAUUGAGGGAAAAGAUAAAGAUGUUGCUAGUGCAAAAGAUAUUUUAACUGAUAAGUUUGACCUUAAAGACAGAAUCACUGUUCAAGUGCCUGCAUCAGCCCGUUCUUGUUUAUUAGGUACAGUCAUACAAUCGAUCGCCAAUUCAACUGGUGCAUCUAUCACUAUACCAUCACUUCCCAACAAUCCAAAAAAAGAAUCAGUAAAGUCUGAAUUGAAUGAGGGAAUGAUGGAUGUGAUAAUUUUUGGUGAGAUGUGGGCUGUUUGUAAAGCAGGAGUUGAAAUCCAAAACAUUGUAAAAUCCAUGAGUACAACAAAAAUAAUACACUAUAUUAGACAUAUUGAAAAUACGUUUUACCCAUUGAUUGCUGGUACACACAAUCAACGUAUAAAUAAGAUUAGUACUGAUACUGGUACAAAAAUUCAUGUACCUUUUUACAAUUUUGAUAACCUCAACACAUUUGCCAAUAUAAAAAAAAAUUAUAUUACCAUCACUGGUGAUGGAAAUUCAGUUAAGAUUGCAAGUAAAAUGAUUGAGGAUCUUUACGAAGAUUUGAAAAUGAAUACGUAUGCUCUCAAUGUUGACAUUCCAAAACGUCAACAUAGAUAUCUAAUUGGUCCAAAUGGUGCUAAUCUUAAUGAAAUACUUGAAACAACAGGUUGCGUACUAGAAUUACCACCAGCAACUGAUCAAUCAGUGAAAGUGGUGAUUUAUGGACCACAAAACCAAUUAGCGGGUGCCUUACAAACUGUAAUCGAAAAAGCAAACUCCAUGCAUGUUCAACAACUUGAUAUUACUGACUUUCAUCAGACAGAAAAUCUGAUGAAACAUUCUAUUAAUGUCUUGAAAUAUUUAUGGAAUAGAGGCAAGUUGAAGAAAAUUGAAUCGGAAACUGUACCUGAAGAUGUGGAAAAUGCUAGAAAAGAAGUCACUGAAAUAAUCAAAAAUUUGCCUCCUAGUUAUUUUGAUGUGGUAAUGAUUAGUCAAAAAUUUAAUCAGCAUGUAAUUGGUUGCAAAGAGCAAAAUUUACAACGAAUCAAAGAUGCUUAUGGUGUUGAAAUAAUAGUUCCUGAUGAGAAGGAAGCCAACCCUGGGAUAUUGAUAGUUUUUGAGGGUAGAAAAGAUUUUUCUGUUCAAACAUUAACAAAACAUCAUCAGCAUAUUAUUGAAAAUACUUUGAAUACAAUUAUUUAUAAUGACAGUAGUAAUGGUAGCGGUGGUGCAUAUCCACCUGUUUCAUUAAAAUCUGGAUCGUCUAAAUCAUCAGGUACAAGUGAUCAAUCAUCAAACACACAACAAAUUUCAGAUAAUUCUAUUAUAGUUAAAGGACCUGCUAAAGAGGUUGAAAGAAUAGUUGAAGAAAUUAAUGAAAAAGUAGAAGAUGUUAAACGUAUUGAGAAUACUAAACCAUUUACAGCAGAAUUUAAAAUUCUAGCAAUCUAUGCCUCAGAUAUUAUUUGUAAGGAAGAAAUAAAAUUUAUCUGUGAUAAUUAUAAUGUUACGAUAAAUAUAGAUAAUGGACAUUUUAAUGAGGGAAACAGUGGUAGUAAAGAAGACAAAUUUGUUGAUAUUAAAAUAGUCGGGAUGAAAGUUCAUGUUGAAGAGGCCAGGAAUCGAAUUCUAGGCAUAGUUAAUAAAUUAAAUAGAAAAAUUGUUGUUUGUGUGAUUAUUCCACCGCAGUAUCAUGCUUCACUGAGACCUAAAGUUAUUGGACAUCUAACAGUGAAACAUGGUGUACGUAUUCAAUUUCCAAAACAAAAUAAUCGUGCUAUCAUUACUACUAGUAUUGAUGAAAAAAGAUCUUAUCAAGUAUUAAUAACUGGUAAUAAAAUAGGAACUAGUGCGGCUAGAUUAGAAUUAUUAAACCUUUUUUAUUAUAUAAAAGAAUAUGAUGAUGUUCUCAGUUUCACUAUUCCGGCCAAAUACGUGCCACAUAUUGUUGGCAGGAAAUCAAGAAGAAUCAAAGAGAUCACUACUAGCACAUCUACAAAGAUUAAAAUUAACAGGCUAAAUCGGUGGUUUUUCAAAGUAACUGUGCAUGGUUAUAAAAUGGAUAAUAUCAAGGCCCAAAAUAAGAUUCUGGAGAUUAUUAAAGACAUUGAAGAACAAGCAGUAACCACUAUAAAUAUUAAUCCCAGGCAUCAUAAUUUUUUGUUUGAUAAUAUUAAUGAGAUUAUAGCAAAAGCUGGUGGACCAAAGAAUAGGAGUGUCCAAGCUGAAAUUGUCAGAUUUCCUGGUCGUGCCAGUGAUGUGGUCUUAAUUAAAGCAAAUAAAGAACUCGUGGAAAAAAUUAAAGAGGAAUUUGAAAUUUUAAUUAAAGAACAAGAAAAAAAUUUAAUAAUUGAUGCUAUUAAAGUUCCCAGAUAUGAACAUUCAGUUAUUAGAGGCAAGCGUGGAUGCCAACUUCAUAAAAUUGAAAAUAAGUUUAAUGUCGAGCUUCAUUUACCUGGUUCUUCACGUUUCUAUCAUUAUAUAAGAGUGCCACGGAAAAAAGGAAAAGGAGAGCUGACAGGUGAUGAUUUAAUAAAAAUAAUAGGAAAAGAAGUUGAAAACGUUGAAUUGGCCAAAGAAGAAAUAUUAUCAAUACUUCAAUAUGAAGAUGUGUUUAAAUUUCCAUGUAAAUUAUACAAUGUAAUUAAUGAUAAUGGAUCAACGUCAAGAAAAUUAACAAACAUGUACAAUGUACAAAUUAAACAUCAAACAAAUGAAAGGAAACAAAUUUCAACAAUUAUUAAUAAAAGACCAAUUUUUAAAAAAAAAUCUACCAAAGAAAAAGUUUCGAAAUUUAUUUCUUGGACGCUUAAAGGUGCAAGAGGACAAGUAGAACAAGCUAUAAAAUAUUUAAAUGAAUUAUUAGAACAAGCGGUUAAUGCAUGUACCGGAUAUUUAUCAAUUCCUCAAACAUAUCAUCGACAUAUCAUUGGAGGCGGAGGAUCAGUUAUUUCGUAUAUUAGAAGAGAGAGCCAAUGUGUGAUUAACAUGCCUGAAGUUAACAACGAUGAUACAAUUGUGAUCAUUGGCAGUAAAGAAAAUAUUGUGGUGGCUAAGGAUAUGAUAUUUGAAACAUUAAUUAACUGGAGAAAAGAACAGAAUAAAAACAAUCGAAAAUACAACUCUAAACAUUUUGAGUGCUAA